UUUGUGCUCCUCACCUGUCCCCCUUGGCAGGUAGCUGGGCACACACACCUGCAGGCACCAGAGCAACUGCGGUGAACUCCUGUUCUCCUGCACAUCAGCAAGUCUUUUGAAACCGACAUUUCUCUGCUCCACUUGCUUUAGAUUCAUCUCAAGCUCUUUGGCUCCCAACUGUUGGAAUCUGAAGGUUUGGAAGAACAUCGUUCUCUGACCCUGAGAAAUCUGGACUUUUUGUCAGUGACCUACUUAAGGGAAUCCAAGGAAUUUACAGUUUUAGCUUCCUUGCCACUACGCUUUUGUUGUGUGUACCUCUUGUUCGGUGGUUUUAGGUCAAGAAACACUAUGAGCACAACUCAACGGAAGCGCCGUGGAGGAGCAGUGAAUUCUAGGCAAGCUCGAAAAAGAAGCAGACUCAUGGCUUCUACUGCAGAAAUGGCAUCAGAAGCAGAGCCAAUAGAACUUGAAGAAAGUGCUGGUGAAGAAGUAGUAGAUCUCACAUGUGAAUCUUCAGAUCCCGUAGUCGUUGAUUUAACUCACAAUGAUUCCGUCGUGAUUGUUGAAGAGAAUCAACGACAAAGGAGAAAUCUUAGAAGCCAGCGACAGUCGGACAGCUGCGUACUGAGUAGCGAUGAUGAAGAUGAAACAAGAGAUAAUGAUGUGUAUGUGAGUGAAAAAGUGUCUCGAGAACUGGGACCACUGGAAGAGGAAACUGAACGCUCUAAGCCGUCUGGUACUGUUAGCUGUCCCAUUUGCAUGGAUGUCUACUCAGAGAUUGUGCAAAGUGGACGACUGAUUGUGUCGACGAAAUGUGGCCAUGUCUUCUGCAGUCAGUGCCUCCGUGAUUCCCUUAGGAAUGCCAACUCUUGCCCAACCUGCAGGAAGAAACUCACUCACAGACAAUAUCAUCCCAUUUAUAUAUGAGUACUUUUACCUCUCAGGACAGUCUCAACUGGAUUUUGGGGGAAAAUGUCAUGUUUUCAGUGCUCCGAAGAUUUAAAGAGCAACAGGUUGUGCACAAAUCCAAAUAAAACUGGUUUGGUUUUUUUUUUUUUUUUUUUUUUGGAGAACAACUUAUAUGUAUCUAGACAACUUUUUAUUAUGGUCCAAGCUGCUUCUUGUUAUGUUCCUUGUUAUAAUCUUUUAUCAAUGACUGUCUAUAAACUAGACCAGCAGCCUAGACCAGGAAGGAAGCAGUUAAUCAAUUUUCUUCUACUUUUUUCUAGUGCUAAAAUGAGGGGGCCUGAAUAUUUUGGUUUUUUCUUACUCUAUAAAUUAUUCCCACCAUCACAUAUAGAUAUGGAAUAGUUUCCUUUUCAGAAGACAGAUUAGCAAUUUACCAUUUAAUUACACUUUUGGUUUUGUCCUGUAAGAAGCUCACAACUUUUUACUUUCCUGCAUGUCAUCUUUGCCCAGGUAGACUAAGUUCUGUACUGGUGGGUUGUGUUUUCAUAAACAAGUCUUAAACUGACAAUGAAGGUUAUGCAAUAAAAUAACCUGCUGUUGAACAACAGUCAGGUGUUUUGAGCAGAAGGCUUGAACAUGUAGAUGUUUUUAUGAACUCCAUGAGAUCUAAAGUACAUAGAAACGUUGCAACAGGUACAAUGCGAAGAUACUUCUUUGACUGUUUUAACUGCCAAGAGUCCCUGUAUUUGAAUCCAAACAUUGAAUUUAUUUUCUAACGGGAUGAGGUGGUCUUUUGGGUUUACUGCUGUGCUGCAACACUCUCUCCUAAUAACUAAUGAGAAUAUAGACUUCUCUAGGCUUCCUAGUGAUGAUCCUCUUGUCAGCUGAAUACCAAACUACCUACAGAUCUUCUUACUGUAUCAACUGUUCCCUGUUUAAUGCUUUGAGUGUGUUUGCUUUGCUGUUCUGUCUGGUUGUUACACUGAUGUCUGCCUGGUAGUAGCCUGGUGCAUAGGAUUGAAAAUUAACUAACCAUACUGCCGUGGAUUUAGGAAGUGGAGGCUUUAAAAGGUUUUUGGUAGCAAUGUUAACUUGAUAGCUUUUUGAUAGAGAAGUUUAAUCAGUCUUUGCCCUGAAGAUUGUCCAGCUUUCUUUAAAUGUUAUUUUUAAAAAGAAGAGAAGGUGGGUAUAUGUCCUAGGAGAGAGAAUUCCUCUAUUUCAGAAGGCAGGAAUAUACCAGUUUAUGCACUGUUAUCAAGUCACUUUUUUUUUUUUUUUCACCCCAGAACUGAGUUGUAAAUGUCUUCUUCAAGCCUGUAAGGAAAAGUGCAAGCUGAUGUAGAGUCCUAGGUGAGCUGAUACAAACAGGUUUAUGUAGACAAGAUGAUUAAAAUCAGUGUUUUAUGAUCCACAUUUGCAGUAGGUGUAUCUGUGAAAAAGUCAAGAAUUAACCUUGGACACCUUUUGGCAGUUGGUUGAUUAUGGAAACCAUUAUAAGAACCAUUUGGUGCCCUGGUGCAGCACAACUGCAGGAUAUGUUAACACUGGUAUUGCAUGUGUCUUUGCUAACCUGUCCUAGAGAUCUGUAGGAAGCCUUUAAUUAAAGCAGCUCUUGCAAUUAGCUGUUUCAAGGUCUCGAAGUUUGCAACCCAAAGUAAAGUUGAUUUUUCUCUUCUUUUUAAAUGAGGAUGUUUAGAGGUGUUUCUGGAUAUAGUAAUGCAGAGUUUUGUUCUGCAAAGGCUGUCUGAAGAAAUGCAGUUCCUUCCCCACUCUGGUUUGAAGUAGCUUUGGUUCAGCACUGUCAGCAGGAGUGUGCAGUUCCUGCAUUGUGGCAGUAGGGUGACUCCUGCAGAGUUACACACAUCCAGUUCCUGUGUGCUCCCACUGGUAAUAAAAACUACAGGCAAGGACUACAGACGUCUUAGGGUAGUGGGGUGACAGUGACGGCUGCAUUUGUGUCUCAAAAAGCAGACAGGCAAUGCUUAAAGCAUUAACUGUGUGAAGAGA